GAGCCAGCUGCAGCAUCCGGGCCCAGGCUGGGAUUUAUGGCAGGGUGUAUGGGAAUAACCAACGAGAAAAUGUUGAGUCUCCUGAACGUGACUUCCUCUUGUCUUCCUCUGCCGGAGUUGAGGAGCUUCCCAGCAGUGCAGGUGGAGGCAGAUGGCAAAGGGACGAGGUGAAGUGUUUGGAAUUGGCUCUGCUGCGUCCCCUGCCAAGGCUGAACCUGCAGGGCGGAGCUGUGCUGAAAUAUUCAUGGGGCUUUCCUCGAGUAAACAGCAUUAAAAAUGCAGGUCCGGAUGCAGCUGAGCACCGUCCCCACAACCUGCCUGGCACUGGGGAUGCUGCACAGAGCUGUGGGAGCCCCGCAGCAGAGCUGAGGAUGGAGCGCGAUUCUGCCAAUACCUCAGCCAAAACACUCUGCACCACCUGGAGGCUGCCGCUGCUGCUGCUCGGGGUCAUGGGGCUGCUGGCAGCAGCAGUGGCUGGAGCCUGGCUGCUGGGUCAGUACCUGCAGAACAGCCUCAGCCCCCUGCCCAGCUCCCUGCCCAGCCGCGCUCAUCACCUGCUGCUCUCCUCUCCUAAAGGGUGGCACCUCGGGGGCCCACAGCCACACGAGAGCUCGGCCAAGCCACAGGCAUCAGACACUGUGACAGCAUGCAGUGAGGGCGAGGAGGAGCAGCCCGUGGUCCGCGGGGCACCUGCAGGAGGUUUCCCCCUUCCCGCUGCCCCUGCUGAACCUGAGAUACUCCUGGAUAGUGAAUCUCUGCUGAACCUCUCUCUUAGCUCAGCUGCAUGCUGCAAUGGUUUCACUUUGCUUUUACAUCCCCCUGUGCUGCCCAGCAGCGGUGCAUGGCGUGCUCCCACCUUUGCAUGCUCCCUCCCAGCAAAGCCGGGCUGAGAACGCUUCAAAAGUUUUACACGGUUUAUCAUUCACUACAGAUUGCUUUGCAGUUUGUUUCGCCGUAGGCCCCACAUGAAGCACUGCAGAGAGGUGAGGUCAGUGCUGUCAGUGUCUUUCAGGAUCCAGGCAGGUGCCUCCCUGCUGGCGGUGCGGCCGCAGGACCGGUCCGGAUGGCUGCUGGCCUGCCACGAGCACUGGCAGCCCAUGCUGGGCACACGGCUGUGCCGGCGCCUCGGGGCGCUCAGGUGGGUGCCAGUAGAUGGGAGCAGGGCAGCAGCCCACCUCUCUCUGGGCUGCUGCUGUUCCUUCUGCAGAGCGAUACAUCAGAAGGGGGUGAACCUGACGGACGUGAGGGUGGAGGACGGGCAGGAGUUUGCCCAGGUGGGGUCCAGCCUGGAUGACGCGUGGCAGAUCAGGAGCAGCUGCGAGUCGGGCCGCGUCGUGGCACUGCAGUGCUCAGCCUGCGGGCAGCGCCCGGCACCCGGGGGCCGCGUGGUGGGGGGCGUGGAUGCUGCCCCCGGGCGCUGGCCCUGGCAGGUGAGCAUCCGCCACGGCUCCCGGCACCGCUGCGGUGGCUCCGUGCUGGCACCGCGCUGGAUCGUCACCGCCGCCCAUUGCGUGCACAGCUACCGGUGGCAGAGCGCAUCGGGCUGGACGGUGCAUGCUGGUGUCGCUCAUGGCUCGGCCACGCAGGAGGCCGGGGUGCCGGUGGAGAGAGUUAUUUCUCACCCGCUGUACAACGAUAACAGCAUGGACUACGACAUCGCUCUGAUGAAGCUGCGAGUUCCCUUGAAUUUCUCAGACGCCAUUGGAGCUCUGUGCCUGCUGCCCUCCCACCAGGACCUGCUCCCAGGCACGCCGUGCUGGGUGUCGGGCUGGGGCUACACCAGGCCUGACCAAGCACAGCUCACCGAGACACUGAAGGAAGCCCUGGUGCCGUUGAUCAGCACCCAGAGGUGCAACAGCUCGUGCAUGUAUGCAGGAGAGCUCACAGCCAGGAUGCUGUGUGCCGGGUACCAGCAGGGGAAGAUCGAUGCCUGCCAGGGUGACAGCGGGGGCCCCCUGGUGUGCCAGGAUGAGCUGGCGUGGCGCCUGGUGGGCAUCGUCAGCUGGGGCCGGGGCUGUGCUGAGCCAAACCGCCCGGGGGUUUACACCAACGUGCCUCAGCUUCUGCCCUGGAUUUAUGGCGUCACUGAGAUCUACUAGAAGCAAGGGGAAACCUCCCGCAUCGACGUCUAAGUGAAGAAAAGCCCAGGGCUAAUUCCCACUGCUCCUAUGACCCCCAAAGGAACGGCCCCAGGCACCACCACAACACGUGGCCG